AUGUUUGCGUGUGGUCAGUCUAAUCCCGAGGACCCCGGGGAGGCCGUGACGUCUCCCGGUUUCAGGGUCAACAGGAGUCCUCCCUGCUUGAUGGUUUUGGCUCUGGCUUUCCAGCACGUGCUGGUGCAGUCUUCGAUGCAGGUCUUGGUGGUAGGUGGUGUGUUACAGGAGAGAGAGGAGAUGGAGAAAGUAUUGACGCCUGUUUUCUUUUACUCUGGGUUAUCCACACUCCUGCAGAGCUGCCUGGGCACACGUUUACCCUUGAUUCAGGCCCCUUCUGUGGAGUUUAUGAUCCCUGCAAUGGCUCUACUCUUUGUCCGAACAGAGAAUAACGUGACCUGCAGGGGGCACUGUGAGGAAACCCGGGAAUCUGUGAUCCGCGGCUACCCAUUGAGAGAGCUACAGGGCAUGGUGGUAGUUGCAGGCCUGGUGCAGUUGGCUGUGGGCCUGACAGGCAUAGGUGGUGCUGUGCAGAGAGGUUUUGGGCCUAUGGUGAUUGCUCCUGUGCUCUGUAUGCUGGGGUUCUCCGUCUACAGAGAAGCAGCCAUCCUCUGCUCCUACCACUGGGGCUUUGCUAUGCUGACUGUGGUUCUCUUGGUAUUCUUCUCUCAGCAUCUGCGUUCCUGUGUUAUCCCAGCGUGCCUGAGGCUCCCAGUGUACCCAGUCUGCAGGAUGCUCUCUGUUUUGCUGUCUGUGUCGCUUGUGUGGGGUUUGUGCGCUAGCCUGGAGCACUGGGGUCACAUUUAUUUUUACCCACUCUAUGAGCUGCAUCCUGGGAUGAAAGUUUCUAACACCACCCCUACACUUGUCUUGAACGACACAAAUGUUAUCGCUCCAUCUGCAUGGUUCAGCUUCCCUCUCUCAGGUUCAGGGCUCCCCCUGCUGUCUGGUCCAGCUAUUGCAGCCGGCGUGGCUGCUGCUCUCUCUGUCUCAAUCAGCUCCCAGUGUGUAUAUAUGCUGACUGCUCGACUUCUGGACUCACCACCACCCCCUGCUGCUGCCACUAACCGGGGGCUUUGUGCUGAGGGCCUGGGCAGUGUCCUAGCUGGCCUGAUGGGGGCACCAGUGGGAGUCUGUAGCAGUGUAGCUAAUGCCUGCUCUUUAGGACUCAGUCAGUGUGGCUCUCGAAGCACCGUGCAGGUGGCUGGUGCUCUGUUAUUGAUUGUGGGUGUGUCCCCAAAACUGGCUCAUCUCCUGACCUGCAUCCCUCUGGCUAUUCACGGUGCUGUGCUCAGUGUGACUUAUACCGUUGCCGUGGGAACGGGCAUCACUUAUUUCCAGUACACACACAUGGAUUCAGGACGGAACAUUUUUAACAUUGGCUUCACUGUGUUUAUGGCUCUAGUGCUGCCUCGCUGGUGCAGGUUGCAGGCUGGUUUAAUCUCCACUGGUGUACCCAGCAUUGAUGUCAUUCUCCAGUCUUUCAUGACUUUGCCCAUUUUCUUGGUGGGCCUGCUGGCGUUUGUUCUCGAUCACACAGUCUCAGGGUCUCUCAUGGAGAGGGGUCUGGACAGAAACGAAAACACAAAGGAGGUAUGGUCACUGGCUAACAGGCAGCAGGGGCAGAGUCAUACGCUGGAGGCGGUUUAUGAACCCCCGUACCUCGUUAAGAAGUUCCUUAACUUGCCUGGGCUCCGAGUCAUCCCUUUCUGCGCUUGUAGGAAACCAGAGGGACAGGAAGUGGUAGCUACACCACAGGAAAUAUCCAGUUUACUGUCUGUGUAG